AUGCAUCAUGCCGUAGCCUCUCCUACACCACCUCUGAUGGAAACACAAAAAGAGUUGAGCUUGUUGAACUAUCUAGUUCGAGGUAUGAUUACCUCGCACUCGCACAAGCUUUAUAAUUGUCUACCUUGGCUGGGUAACCAAGUGCUACUUCGUAGGUCAAAAUACAAGUUUGUCGGGUGCGACGUUGGCGGAGCCCAGGCUGCUUAUUGGGUAGAGGUUCGAAAGGACUAUAAGCAGGCUACCGGCAGGUGGCGUUUUUCUCGGAUGUGCAAAAGUCAUUUCCGUCGGUGGUUGGAAAAGUCUGGCCAGCACAGGUGGCGAUGA